UGAAGGAGACGACCGCCACAAAAAGCUUCCAUUUCCGCCCAACACAAAAAAAAAAGAAUGAGGAAAAUAUCGGGCCAAUUGCUUUCGUCGAAGCCCAUCUCACUCUCUAGGGCGGCGAAGCUCAUCUCCCGCUUCGCCGCCGUCGAUAACGGCUCCUCCCCCGUCGUCUCCUUGUACCUGCAGCGCACAGCCGACGCCUUUAAUAACUUGGUCCAGUUCCACAGCAAGCGCUUGAGAACUAGCGAUGUCGAAAGUAGUCCGGACCGGAAGAGGGCCCCCAAACCGCCGGAGGACUUGCCGGAGAGGAAUUCGAAUGGAGCAGCUGCGGAGGAUUCGAACGGCGGCGCACACCCUAAUUCGGUAGAGGUGACAACUGAGGAGAGGAAAAGGAAGAAGAAGAGCAGGAGUGAUUCUGCUGUUGACGAUUCGAAGGAGAGGAGCGGCAAUAAUCCCGAGGCGAAUUCGUCGUGUGUGGAUGAGGUGCAGAAUGGAGAGAAGGGGGAGAUGAAGAAGAAGAAGAAGAAUAAAAAUAAGAAGAGUAAGAGUGCUGAAGUUGGCCCGAAGGCGAAUAGCAUCGGUAAUCAUGAAAUUGAAGUUGAAUAUAUGCAAAUUGAGGAGAAGGAGCAGACGAAGGAGGAGAAUACGAAGAAGAUAAAGAAGAAGAAGAGUCACUCUGCAGUUUGAGCGGUCGAAUUCGAGGGAAAAAAGAUCCGAUUUUUAGCAGCUUCUGUGAGUUGUAUACUAUUCCAUCUAUGCAUUGUGUGCUGGCUUAUUUUAGAUGUUCGAUAUCUGAUUGGUUUUUGUUUUCCGGCUGCUGGAGUUUUUUGUCUUGGAGGGCACUUGGCCCAUAUAUUUUGAUUUUCUAUUAAUUGAUAUUUCUUGAUAUAACUUAAUUUUCGCGUUGUUUCAUUGUUAUAAAUUUAUAGUCUU